UAACCCCACCCCCUUUCCAGUGCCGCCGCAUGACUCCUGACCAGUAUUGGUAGAACGGUAAGAAAUAUCGGCCGGUUCCCGGCAUUGGGUGUCUGCGGAGACCGGACAAGACAGCUCCGUGCUGGGAGGAGAUUCCUCCUGUACCGGUGCCUAAGGUGUGCUGAAUGUUUGGAUUGCGCUUGGUGCUGCUUUUGGAAUACACUCGUACGUGAUGCAUGCGGUACAAGCUACCUCUGCAGCUGUGGUGAGCCAGGCCAUGACUUUAAACCAUGGGGUCCUUGUCAAGAGUCAGCCUGCAAUGUCCUCCUCUGAUCUUGCCAUCAAAACUUCCCAGAUGGUGUCUGGACCCACUGCCAGCCUGAGCCAGGUACCGGCUUCCCAGGCCUCCGUGCUUUCUGCGCCUAUGUGCACACUAGUAACAAAAGUUUCACCUGUAGUAGGUCAAGCAUCAAAAAUGACAAUUGGCCCCAAAGUGACAACACAGCAAGCAGUUCCUCCCAAAGCAUCUCAGACAACCAUUCAGUUACCAGCGAACUUCCAGAUUCCCCCUGGCACUGUUCUUGUCAGGAGUAGCAAUGGCCAGCUCAUGUUGGUCUCGCAACAGGCUCUGGCCCGAGCGCAGGCACAAGUUCAAAGUACCAAACCCUCUGCACCUUCAAAUACUCAAACUGUUCAUGUCUCCAAUGUACAGACUGCAGGUACAACAUGCAAUGUUUCCAAAGCAGGUCCUCCAGUCCCAGUACCUACUGUAGUUAGAAUCUGCGCUACUCCUGGAACAAUAGCUAACAGCCAAGGAACCUCAACGGUCAUUAUUAGAGCCUCUGCUCCCUCGGCCACUCCCAUAAAUACUCUCUCACGUUCUUUACCUUCCACUGUAGUAACAGUCCCUGCCUCUACUGGAGUUCUAUCUGCAUCUGUAGCUGGUCUGAAUGCAACUACCGCCGCUGGUCUGAAUGCAACUACUGCCGCUGUGGUUCCUGUUAGAACUUCCUCACCACCAGUGACAACCAAUGGAGCUUCUAAUGUGGUGUCAGCUAGGACUGUUUCUUCUACUGCUACAGCACCAACAGCUAGCCCUGCUUUACACAAUACCGUUAAUUUGAAUAUUGGGCAGACUGCUGUGCCAACUAACAAUCAGCAAGUUGCUACAAGUAGUUCUGCUAUCAAGUUGGCAUCUACAAAUAUCUGCAUGACUCCACUACUAUCUGCAGGUGCUACCACUACUGUAGCACCUGCUUCAAUUAUUGUAUCCCGUAUAGCCCCAGCUUCUACUGCAGUUACCACUGUGGUGUCUGAAAAUAACAGGAUACAGCAGAUGCAAACCAACACACCAGCAAUGACCUCCGGUGUCGUCCCCAAAAAAGCAGAGCCUUCCACUAAACUGCAAAGCACACAACGUCCUAAUGCCUCAGAAGCAAUGGAUAAUGUAAAGAAAUGCAAGAAUUUUCUUGCAACACUAAUAAAACUGGCAUCCAGUGGACCACAGUCACCGACCAUGGGUCAGAAUGUGAAAAAUCUGGUGAAGAAUUUACUUGACUCCAAACUUGAACCAGAAGAAUUUACUACAAAACUCUACAAAGAACUGAAGUCCUCGCCACAACCAUAUCUGGUUCCAUUUCUGAAGAAAAGUUUACCCUCCUUGCGGCGGAUGAUGCCGAACUCCCAGGAGUUUAUCCUACAAUGUGGUCCACAGAACCCAACGCCACCUGUCGCUGCUACCAACUCGCUCUCUUUUGUUAAAAUUACACCAACAACCUCUAUACAGACUGUAAAACCUGCAUGCACUACUAUAUUUAGCAAUGCUAAAGUUCCCCAGGCUGCCGUAGCUGUGCCCCAGCCACUUAACAGCUUGAAAGCUGUGAACUUCAAGCCGUUGGUAGUUCAGCAGCCAGCCGUUGGAAUAGUGAAGCAUGCAACCACGCUGUCCCCCGGUGCAGCAAUGACCCAUAACAAACCUGGAGAGAAGCAAAUCUCUCUGAAUACACUUAUCCAAUCAGGGCACAUGACACCAGCAUCCGUUUUGAAACAAAUCACCCUGCCAGGAAAUAAAGUUAUUUCCCUGCAAGCAUCUCGUCUUCCCAUAAAAGAGAAUGGCACAGCAUGCUUCAGAGAAGAAGAUGACAUUAACGAUGUCACAUCUAUGGCUGGUGUUAACCUAAAUGAAGAGAAUGCAUGUAUUUUGGCAACCAAUUCUGAACUUGUUGGGGCUGUGAUCCGGUCUUGUAAGGAUGAGCCUUUUCUCUUUACAUCUGCCCUGCAAAUCCGGAUUCUAGACAUGGGUAAGAGGCAUGAUAUUAAGGAACUUAACUCUGAUGUUCUGAACCUGGUCUCUCAUGCCACACAAGAGCGGUUACGAGGGCUUAUUGAAAAGCUGACCGUGGUGGCACAUCACAGGUCCACAAGCUACAAGCAAAAUGACCGCUAUGUACAGUCCAGCGAGGUACGGGCACAGCUUAAGUUUCUUGAGCAACUUGAGCACUUGGAGAAACAGCGCAAAUGUGAAGAAGAAAGGGAGAUGCUUCUCCGAGCAGCAAAGAGUCGCUCAAAUAAAGAGGAUCCAGAGCAAAUGAGAUUAAAGCAAAAAGCCAAAGAGCUUCAGCAGCUGGAACUAGAACAACUGCAAUACCGAGAAGCGAAUCUCACAGCACUGGCUGCAAUUGGACCAAGAAGGAAAAGACCUUUGGAAUCGUCGCACCUUCACAGUGUGCUUGAGGAGGAUCAACGAUCGGGAUCUUCUGCUUUCAGAAUUCCCAAAGUGAUAUCUGUUCCACGGGUUACUCGUGUAAAUCUCAGGGAUUUGAUUUUUUGCAUGGAACAAGAGCGAACAAGCAGGCAUUCCUUGACCCUGUACCGAGCCCUCCAGAAAUAGACUCCAUGUCCAGCACGCCACUAUUGCACUAUAUUGAAACUUGUUUUGGAACUUCUAUUCUUGUUUUUGUUUACAGGCUUUUUUUAUUCCAGUGAAACAACCUGUACUGAUUUGUAUUUUUUUGUUUUUUAUAUGUGUCUGCUUGACAGAUGGAGAUGCCAAAAAACUGUGCAAUCUGUAGAAAUAUUUAUUAUAUGUGCAAUUUUUCUUUCACUAAAUGAUGCCUUUAUUUGUCAGGA